AUGGGACCUACGUCUGAAGCUCUUAUUUCAUUUAUCGGAGGUGGAAGGCGACGAUGUGGGACAACGAGAAAUUUUAGAGGUGUACAGAAAUUCAGUAGCGAAGCGAUAAAACGAUUUGAGACCACUCAGUUCUUCACUGAGUUUUCUGAGAAUAUCUCCGAAUCUGAAGCGGAUAACGAAAUUCUCGCAAGGACCUUCUUUCUAGAGCGAAGACUAUGCGAGGAGAUAACAGGCCAGUCCAACAUCAUCCUAGACAUCGAGGAGAGUCGAGGCAGUGCAUACGACCAACCAACCGUGCCAGAGGAGCUUCCGGUCUCGGGGAAUCCGUACAAUGAGACCACCCUGGAGUUAAUAUUCCCCGGUAAAGCGCCCCUCUUCACCCUCAAUGGAAAAAAACUGCGUCUGCUGAAGCCAUUAGACAGAGACAAUGAAAAUUUGUCGCACGUUGUUUUCCAGUUGGCUUGCACUGUUAAAUCAACGAAUAAGAAGAGAAUCAUUCCAGUUAUUGUCAGGGUCUCUGAUAUCAACGAUAAUGCACCCAAGUUUGUUAACACACCGUACGAAGUUACAGUACCUGAGCUGACACCAGUUGGCUCGACGAUAUUCCAGAAUGUUGUUGCGACAGACGCUGACGCUGGUGUCAAUGGACUCGUGGAGUACUCGAUAGCGCCUGGUGAUGGAACUGGAAUUGGCAACAGCAAUGGCGUUGGAAGGGAUAGAAUAACAACCGCCGAUGGUUAUGGCUACUUCAGCAUUAAUUUGCCACAUCAGGGACAAGUCACGGUUAAUCGUACCCUGGAUUUUGAGAAAACGCAGAGAUAUCUAGUGACUAUACUGGCGUCGGUGAGUGUCACCCAGAAUUUUUGUAAAGUCCUCAACAGGACGAGUUCCAACUUUACGACGGACCGAAGUGAAUUGUCAAUAAAUCUUUGA